CACCUCAGUACCUGCUUUUCCACAGCGCACUUUGGUCUUUGAACGAAAGCAAAACUUGAGCGGAGACUCUCGGUCCUCCUUAUUUCAGCUCUUCUCGAACUUCUUUAGAAGGAAAAUCCGGAGAACAGCUUACUCUACUGUCUACACGCUAGGUGUUUGUCAUUUGGCCAAUGCUAGCCCUUUCGGUACCCAAUUUUUGCUUCCUUCAUUUCGCCUUAGUUCUGUGCUUCUCAGCUCUGGUUUUAGCCGGAGACCCUUAUGUUUUUUACGACUGGACUGUCUCCUACGUCGCAGCUUCUCCUCUCGGCGUUAAGCAAAAGGUAAUUGGGGUGAAUGGGCAGUUCCCUGGACCCAUUCUGAAUGUCACUACCAACUGGAAUGUUGUUGUGAACGUCAAAAACAAUCUCGAUGAGCCUCUGCUUCUCACAUGGAAUGGUAUACAGCAGAGGAGGAGCUCUUGGCAAGAUGGUGUCUCUGGCACGAAUUGCCCCAUUCCUGCUGGAUGGAAUUGGACUUACCAGUUCCAAGUCAAGGACCAGAUUGGUAGUUUCUUCUAUUUCCCUUCAUUGAAUUUUCAAAGAGCAGCAGGUGGUUAUGGGGGCAUCAUUAUAAACAAUAGAGACGUUAUCUCCUUACCAUUCGUGUUGCCAGAUGGAGAUAUCACCUUAUUCAUUAGUGAUUGGUACAUUAAAGGCCAUAAGGAAAUGAGAAAAGAUCUUGAAAAUGGUGCCCAGCUUGGAUCACCUGAUGGUGUGCUGUUUAAUGGGUUCGGUCCGUACUCGUAUGAUAAUGGGUUGGUACCUGGGGGUAUUCGUUAUCUUAUGGUCAAUGUUGAGCCAGGUAAAACAUACCGCUUGCGGGUACACAAUGUGGGGACAUCUACCAGCCUAAAUUUCAGAAUCCAAAACCAUAAUUUACUUCUUAUUGAGACCGAAGGAUCAUACACAGUGCAACAGAACUAUACGAGCAUGGAUAUCCAUGUCGGUCAAUCAUACUCAUUUUUGGUCACGAUGGAUCAAAACCCUAUCAGUGAUUAUUACAUACUUGCCACUCCACGCUUUGUAAACUCAUCUAUUUGGACGAAGUCCGUGGGAGUUGCCAUAUUACACUACUCAAACUCUCAAGGGCCUGCCGCUGGUCCACUUCCCGACCUGCUAGGGGAAAACGACAAGUAUUUCUCAAUGAUGCAAGCGAGGUCCGUGAGAUGGAAUGUAUCAGCUAGUGCAGCCCGCCCUAAUCCACAAGGCUCCUUCAAAUAUGGGGAGAUCACCGUUACUGAUGUUUAUGUCAUUGUAAAUCGGCCCACAGAGGUUAUAGAUGGGAAGCGGCGCACUACACUUAAUGGGAUUUCAUACUCGGCUCCUACAACCCCUUUGAAGCUUGCAGAGCAAUUCAAUGUCUUGGGUGUUUUCAAGCUUGAUUUUCCGAAUAGAUUCAUGGACCGACCUGCUAAAGUUGAUACGUCUGUGAUUAAUGGUAGUUACAAGGCGUUUGUGGAAAUCAUAUUCCAAAACAAUGACACAACCGUUCAAAGCUACCAUCUCGAUGGUUAUGCCUUUUUUGUUGUUGGGAUGGAUUAUGGUUUGUGGAACGAAAAUAGCAGAAGCACAUACAAUAAAUGGGAUGGCGUGGCUCGAUGCACUACCCAGGUGUUCCCAGGAGCUUGGACAGCUGUAUUAGUGUUUCUAGACAAUGCUGGUAUCUGGAAUUUACGUGCACAGAAUCUUGACUCCUGGUAUCUUGGCCAAGAAGUUUAUGUUAGUGUUGUGAAUCCGGAAAUCACGGACAAAACUGAGCUUCCUUUGCCAGACAAUACAAUUUAUUGUGGUUUGCUAUCAUCACUACAGAGAGACCAAGCAAGGAGAAUAAAUUUCUCCAAGGGUGCACCAACAUUUCCAAGAACAGUGAAAACCGUGGUAAUUGCGAUUGUUGCAUCAAUAAUUGAAACUUUGUUACUGAGGUGGUGAACAUACAAACAAACUGUCUUGAUUGUUGGAGCACGAACCAAAGGAUCGUCUAACUUGUUUUUGGGUUUUGUAUAUUCUGAAUCUGUGAGAAAUAUAUCCCAGAUUUUGUGAUUCACCAUUGUACAUUAGUCAUGCCAGUGUUGAUGAAUAAUGCUGUACCAGUUUUGUAUAUCCCAGUUACGCAGAAUGCACCACAGGAUUAUUAAAACUUAAGAAAAUGUUAUAUUACAUAGUUGAAUUUGCGUUUAUCUUGUUUGGUGCUUUGGUUCACUAACUUUUUUUUUGGGAUAACCUGUAAGGCUGUAAAUAUAUUAAACUAUUGGGGUUAAUGCAUAGAAUCCCUUUGUGAUAUCAUUAAUAGGUGUGUUACCUA